AUGAUUACUAGUGAUCAGUUUGCGGCGGGGAAAGGAACGGAAUCGACUUUGCAAGCUUCUAAAACUGGGACGUUGCACCGCAUUCUUCAAAUCGGUGCAAAGUACGAUACAUUGUAUACGUUAAGACGAGAAGAAGUUUUAUGCCUCUUCGUUGUAUCUACUGUCAAUAAAUAUUACAUAUAUGUAUACGUAAAUUGUUCACUUUUCAUAUUGACUUUCCAAUGUCGAAUUGCUGACAUCUUGACCUUGCAGGUGACUGAGCAGAUAUCGCAUUAUCAAACAGGUGAAGCCAGAAUGACAAAGAAGUUAAGAGGUGAGACAACGCUGUCGUCAAAUGACGGAUCAGCGUCGGUGGUUGAAGGGGAAAAGCUGCCUCAGUACCUCGCUGCAUUGUCAGCCACCCUUGGAGCACUUUGUUUGGGAGGAGUUUUGGGAUGGUCAGCCGCGGGUGGUACUUCGGGUGAAAAGUUAGCCGAACAGUACAACAUCGCUAUGAGCAUCUCAGACUUUUCGUGGAUUGGUUCAAUCGCGAAUCUGGGAGCAGCGGCAAUCUGCAUUCCCAUGGGACUGAUGAUGGACGCUUUCGGGAGAAAGCGCAGCAUGCUGAUGCUAGUCGUUCCUUACACGAUUGGCUGGUCAUUCGUCAUCUGGGCGAACUCGGUGGCCAUGUUUUGCGUCGGAAGGUUUCUACUCGGCUUCAGUGGAGGCGGAUUCUGCGUUGCGGUGCCAGUUUACACCGCAGAAAUAGGCGAGAUGACGAUCCGAGGAAGGCUGGGAGCGUUUUACGAACUAAUGCUGACCUUUGGGACUCUGAUUUCGUACAUUCUAAGUCCCCUGAUACCGAUAUACUAUUUAUCGAUAACUUUCGCGGUCGUUCCGCUGAUUUUCUUCACCGUCUUUUCAUUCAUGCCAGAAAGUCCAACGUACUAUUUGAUGAAGGGUCGAGAAGAAGAGGCCAGAGCCAGUCUUCUCAGAGUCCGAGGCCCUAAAUAUGACAUCGAACGUGAACUGCAGGCUAGAAAGUCGGCCCUGGUGGCAGAGCUGCGAUACAGGGGCUCGUUUCUCAGUGCAAUGAAGACGAGGGUGGCGAUAAAGGGCCUGUCGAUUGCCUACGGCUUGAUGUUCUUCAAGCAAAUGAGCGGCGUCAAUGCGAUCAUUUUUUACACUGGAUCUAUGUUCAGUGAAAACGGUUCUAUUUCGAUGGAUCUAUCGACGAUCAUUGUCGGGAUUCUUCAGGUCGUAGCGACUUUUAUCAGCGUGCUUACAGUCGACAAGCUGGGACGAAAGGUUCUGCUUUUCGGAUCAAUGGCGGCAAUGGCGUUAGGCAUGUUUUCUUUGGGCAUUUUUUACUACCUGGAGCACAUCGGAGUCGACGUUUCAUCGAUCACCUGGCUUCCGCUGGCAUCUGUUUGCUUCUUUAUUCUCGUUUGCGGUCUUGGUGCCGGGCCAAUUCCAUUCAUGAUGGUUGGCGAGCUGUUCUCACCGCAAAUAAAGGGCAUCGCUGGUAGCAGUGCCUGCUCCUUAAACUGGUUAAUAACCUUUCUGGUAACAAGGACGUACAACGACCUCGUUAGCACCUUUGGCAACUACGCUACCUUCUGGCUCUAUGGUCUUAUUUGCGCACUCGGUGUCAUAUUCGUUGUGUUAAUUGUCCCUGAGACGAAGGGAAAGCCUCUCGAGCAAAUUCAGCGAGAGCUGGGUGCAAAGACGAUUCCCGUUUCAGAGGAUAUCAGUCUGACUCACUCGUAGAUCAUUCAAUUUAGCUGCGAAUUCAUCACCGACUGUCUUGUCGCGGUAGGCAUUUCAGUACCAGUACAAAUUCACAAUACUGGUUCUCACGCGAAGACUUACACACUCUGUAUCGUUACCUGAGUAUAAAUUUAUAUCCAUUUACUGAUGUAUUAGACCCAUUAGUUUUGAAUA